UCUGGAAAUACCCACGGCCACCGACACCUAGAACCUACGGACGGCCAGAAAUCCAGGGGACGAGGGGCUUGUCAAACCGGUGGUGCUUCCAUAUCAUACCUCAACUUGUUCCCGUCACAACGUUACUGCGAAGCACCGACGGUUUUUGACUCUGUUGCCGCCUCUAUUCUGACCAGCGAGGUGAUUUUGUAGAGACGAAAAGGAUUAGGACAUUACACCAGAGUAUCAGUACCAUGGCAUCAGAAGGCCGCAACGCUGGGCCGAGCGACCAGCCAGCUGUGGAAGUUCGUCCAGAGAUGACUUCGCAACAGAGCCAGACGUUCAAAUCCUACGGCCAGGACUACCAGUUCGCCGAGACCUGGGCGAAUCCCCCUCCCGAGUUCGUCGUCAGCACCGGUGUCGCCAACAACGACCAAAACCCCGGCUUGCUGGAAGAGGCGCAUCCCAACAGCGGGGGAAAUGGAGGAGCCACCAAUCUUGCGAGCAUUGGAGGCAGUUUCAGGACCAAGGAGUCUCAACAUACCGCGGAUGAGCAGCCCGAGAUCAUCUGGGUUCCGCCUAGCGACAAGCCAUGGUACAAGAAAAUCGCGAAGCUAUGGUGGAUGAUUGGCGGUAUCUCUACCCUGGGCAUCAUCGCCGUCAUCUUGGCCAUUCUCGGAGCCCUGGGCAUGCUUGAUGGCCACCACCACAAUACGCUUCCUGAGUCCACGGCCUCCGCCACUUCCUCGAUCGAACCUUCGUUAUUGUCGACCGGAACUUCGACGUUGCCCACAGCUUCGCCGACUUCAACCAACCUAGCCAAGCAAUGCACCGACACCAGCACCUUCAUCGAACACCUCGCCUGGAUGGGCACCGAGGUCGGCGGUUACGAGGCCACUUACGACGCAGCCAGUUCCGGCAAGGAGUGCUGCAACCGCUGCUUCAACGGUGACCCGGGCUGCGCGGGCUGGAUGUACGACGGUGCGAAUAAGUUCACGCCCUGCACCAAGGUUAUGGUUACCAAGGAUGAAGGAAACCCGAACAAGCAAUGUCCUAAGGGCAAAGCGGCCGCGACCUUCUUCAGCCAGAAUCCUGACAAAAUGGUUGUCGGUGGUAUUGGACCGUGCAGUGGAGAGUCCCAGAUUCAGCACUAGCAGGAGUGAACGGUCACUGUUCCCAGAUGCGUAUGCCUCAAUCCAAGAUCAACUCGCCAAUCUCAACCAGGCAUCUCUCCGUGCUUUCUUAAGCUUGGAAGCUCGCCAUUUCCGGAAUUCGGGUCUGAGCUGGUUCUCAUUCACCUUAUGAUCUAAUAAGAGACACGCAUAGAUGGUCUGAUAGGAGUUAUACGUGAAGAAUCUGGGGACAACGAAACCAAGCGAUCCGGAAUCAAAUGGGCGGAUCAGUUGCCUUUCGAUUUUGUUUUGUUUUGUGGGGGUUUCAAAGAAAAGCGCUCACGUAUGUUUAUUGCAUUUCACAGUUUGGUAGAGAGGGAUACCCGGAUACCCGAGCGAAAACAUCGAAGGAAGGUGAAGAAUACUAAAGAUACUGGUGCGAGUAUUAUCAGCGUUUAUCGGAUUCUGGAAGAAAUACUACACCAUGUAUCUCAGGUUAUGCAUAUGCCUCUGACCGGGCGGAGGACACUGUCGUUACAGAGGAGGAUGACCGGAUGUACGUCAAAAUAGCGAAGAUAUAAGCCGUCGUCAUGAUUUAUCUGAUUGUGAGUACCAUCAUGGUGUGGUCUGUGAUGCUCAUGACCAUGACAGACGGGCAAGACACCAUAACAAUCUGAUGAUCACUUCAUCAGAU